CAAGCAUCAUCAAUGGCGGAUGGGAAUGGAGCUGAGAGAGAGAGAGAAGACGGAGCGAGCAAAUCCGUUAGCUGUCCAAGAAAGCACUGAACAAGGUGACAAACCACAAACUGCCCUCUCACUAACCUUGCACUCUCCGCUGAUGCCUCACGCCACAGUCCCCCAGCUCGUCAACUAUAACUCAUCGGUACCAUUGACUCAUCCCUAGACCCUCUCCUGUUCUCCAUCACUUCCUGCUCAUUUUGCUCUCCCGUGAUCAAUCAAUGGCUCUCCACUCAUGCGGGUUCUGCUUCGGCGUCGUCCCUUCUCCAGCCCCUCGAAAUUACGUGACUUUGAGGCGGCAGAGCGUCAGAGCAUCGGCCUUCGAUUGCCCUCCUCUGUAUUCUUCUGUCGCCCGAUUGGGAGUGAAGGGAAGAGCAUUACCAGACAGAGAUGGAACUGACGCAAAAGAAAAUUCCCUUGUUGUUUGUUUUGGGGAAUUGCUGAUUGAUUUCGUUCCAACGGUUAAUGGGCUUUCACUGGCCGAAUCACCUGCAUUUAAAAAGGCUCCGGGAGGAGCACCUGCUAAUGUUGCAGUGGGGAUCGCCCGUCUGGGUGGAUCAUCAGCCUUCAUUGGAAAGGUCGGAGAAGAUGAAUUCGGAUAUAUGCUAGCGAAUAUACUAAAGGAGAAUAAUGUGAAUAAUGAAGGCAUGCGAUUCGAUCCCGGGGCCCGAACUGCCCUAGCAUUCGUCACACUUAGGAGUGAUGGGGAGCGUGAAUUCAUGUUCUACCGCAACCCUAGUGCAGAUAUGCUUCUUCAUGAAUCUGAACUCGACCUUGACCUGAUUCAGAAGGCAAAAAUUUUCCAUUACGGUUCUAUUAGUCUGAUUACCGAACCAUGCAAGUCAGCUCAUAUUGCCGCAGCAAAGGCAGCAAAGGACGCAGGCGUAAUUUUGUCCUAUGAUCCAAACCUGAGGCUCCCACUAUGGCCUUCUGCAGAAAGUGCCCGAGAGGGAAUCCUGAGCAUAUGGGAAUUAGCUGAUAUCAUUAAGAUAAGUGAAGAGGAGAUCGCAUUUUUGACCAAUGGAGAAGAUCCAUACGACGAUGCUGUCGUCCGCAAGCUGUACCAUCCGAAUCUCAGGUUGCUGCUCGUCACUGAGGGUGAGGAUGGUUGCAGGUAUUACACCAAGGAAUUCAGUGGAAGAGUUAAUGGAUUGAAGGUGGAAGCUGUGGACACAACUGGUGCAGGUGAUGCCUUUGUGGCGGGAAUAUUGUCGCAGUUAGCUCUGGACUUCUCCAUUCUUCAGGAUGAGAGCCGACUCAGAGACGCUCUUAGCUUUGCAAAUGCAUGUGGUGCAUUGACCGUGACAGAACGAGGUGCAAUACCUGCUUUGCCAACCCGUGACGUAGUGCUUAAUGCGAUGCUUAAAUCUGUAUCAUAGGUCACCCUAUCUUCAUAUACCCGACCUCUUCAUGAUUCUUUGAGGGGAGUGCCUCGAGUCUUCCACUUCUUUGCAUAGAAUAAAAGUUGAGAGAGAGGAAGCGAAUUUACCCUGUAUUGUUGUUCGAUAUUAUUACAUGUUCGAGUUCUACUAUUUGACCAAAGAACGUGUACUAUGUAUCCUAAAAUGUAGGUAAUCUGAACUCCCCUGGUAUCUGCUGAAUCUUUCCCCUUUUUUUUUU